AUAGAUCUAUAUAAGCAUGGCGUGUUUGAAGAAGCUACACUAUCUUCUAGUUAGCAUGAACGGAGUUGGGCUUUUCGAGAGUGAUUGGUCUUCUCGUCUGUUAUGAAUUACGAUCCGUUCUAUCCAGGUUGCUGGCUCUGUGUCUAGGACUACUCUUAAAAUAUCACAGUAUUUCUAGUUUUAUCUCUUUUAACACAGAAAUCAUAAUAUAAUAAUGUCAAUGAAGAAUAAAAAAAAAAUAAAUCAAAAAUAAACCAGAGCUGGGGAUGUCAGUCAAAUACCUGUAAAAUUACACGGUAGUGUAUCCGUACUGUCAUUUCCGUAACCCCGCUCUCUCUCUUGUCCGGUACCUGUACCUCCAUCAUCUCCAUCAUCUCCUCAUCUCCUCAUCUCGAACUCGCAAAGCUCUCUGCAAAGAGACUAGAGACCUUCCUCGCCAACAGCUUGAAGGAUAGAAUCCUGUGGAUCGAGGUCGAGUUCGAUGGAUACCCCUAAAGUAUCCCGAGCCAAUCCUCUGGCAUUCACUCCCUGGCCAGUCACGAUCAUCACUGCCGUUGUGUACCUCGCGUUCGUAAUCCCUUUACUCGUCGUCCACCAUGUUGUACCUUCUGCCCCGAGCUCCAGUCCUACCGGUUUAAACCUCACAGAAGCCUGGAGUGACCUCCAGAUCCUCACCUCCGGCUAUCGCCCCUACAACUCCCAUCAGAACGACAAGAUUCACGAAUGGCUUUUCCAGCGAAUCUAUGAGAUCCUAGACGCGACAACGACAGCAGGCGAAAGUGAGCUGGAAAAGAAACCGGAUGUGUUUGUUUUCAAUGACGCGAGCUCAAACUUGACGUUUGCCGGGAACACCCUGUCGAGCUCUGAUCUCGCGGUUUAUUUUGAAGGGACGAACAUUCUGGUGUAUAUUCGGGGCGAGGAAGAUACUCGGGAGCAGUGGUGGGAGGUCCCCGAUGGGUAUCCCACGGGAACGGGCGGCGUGCUGGUGAACGCGCACUAUGAUAGUGUUUCGACUGGGUUUGGCGCGACAGACGACGGCGUCGGGGUUGUCACUUGUCUCCAGCUUAUCCGGUACUUCACUACGCCGCAACAUGCGCCACGGAAGGGACUGGUGGUGUUGUUUAACAAUGGCGAGGAAGAUUUCCUGAACGGCGCGCGUGUUUACAGCCAGCAUCCGAUGUCGAGGUUUGCGCAUACCUUUUUGAACCUGGAAGGUGCGGGUGCUGGAGGGCGCGCGAUCUUGUUCCGCAGCUCCGAUGAGGAGGUCACGCGGUCUUAUAUGCGGUCGCAACAUCCGUUUGGGUCCGUGUUUGGUGCGGAUGGCUUUGAGACCGGGUUAAUUCGGAGUCAGACCGAUUAUGUGGUUUUCCAAGGCGAUUUGGGUCUGCGGGGACUGGACGUUGCGUUUAUGGAACCGCGCGCUCGGUAUCAUACUGAUCAGGAUGAUGCGAGACAUACCAGUAAGGAUUCCCUCUGGCAUAUGUUGUCUGCUGCCGUUGCGACGACGGAGGGUCUCGUGUCGGAUUCGAGUACUCAGUUUGAUGGGCCGGCAAGAGAUGAUGGGAAGCUUCCCAGCGGCACUGGAUCCAAGGCCGUCUGGUUUGAUCUUUACGGAAGCACUUUUGUGCUUUUCCGCCUGCAUACUCUAUUUGCCCUCUCGCUGACUCUUCUCAUUGUGGCUCCCCUGGUCUUGCUCUUGACAAGCAUCAUCCUCACCAAGGUGGAUAAAAUGUACCUCUUUCGGUCGACGGUGCGGCCCCAGGACACUCUUGAUUUCGUCCCGCUGUAUGGCGUUCGGGGGGUUUUCCGAUUUCCAUUCUUGUUUGGCAUUCCCACUGCCGUCACUGUUGGUUUGGCAUAUCUGCUUACCAAGGUCAACCCGUACAUCAUUCACAGUAGCCAGUAUGCUGUGUGGGCCAUGAUGGUAUCCGCGUGGACAUUCUUGGCCUGGUUUGUUUCCCGAGUGGCUGACUUUGCUCGUCCUUCGGCGUUCCACCGCAUAUAUACACUGACCUGGAUGUUUGUUCUGAUGUGGGUUCUUCUGGUCAUUGCGACGGUGUAUGAGAAUCAAUGGGGACUGGCAGGGGGCUAUUUCAUCUUCUUUGCAUUUUCAGGUACCUUCCUGGCCACAUGGAUCUCUUAUCUUGAACUGUUUUCCCUGCCGCGGAAGUCCGACUAUGCUAGUGAGCUUCGACCAACAUCGAGGCGGGCUAGUAGUCAUGGUAGCCGCCGACUCGGAGCACCUUCCGAAGAAGAAGAAGAAGAAGAAGAGGAGGAGGAGGAUGAUGAUGGUGGCGAUGACGAUGAGGAGGAGGAGGAGCCUACAGAAUCGACAUCUUUGCUUGGAAGCGGACAGCGGACUACCUUUGCGAACUAUGUGCGAGUGACCGGGGAUCAUGCGGUCAACACUGACGAUGAGGAUUACGUUGGGAAGGCCCACGUGUACGGUCUGGAGCAACGAUGGAGCUCCUACAUGCCUACAUGGAUCUGGGUUUUGCAAUUCCUUCUUGUUGCUCCUAUUGUCAUUAUAUUGGUUGGAGCUUUGGCGCUUAUGCUUACCAGCGCCCUACGCCAAACCGGGCAAGAUGGUGGCUCUUCGCUUUUCAUCUACAUUGCCAUCGUUGCAUUCACAACGCUCCUGCUGACUCCAAUGUUACCGUUUAUCCACCGGUACACCUACCACAUCCCACUAUUUCUACUAGCAGUUUUUAUCGGCACCAUGAUCUACAACCUCGUCGCAUUCCCAUUCUCCGACUCCGACAGGCUGAAGCUCUUCUUCAUCCAAGAAGUAAAUCUCGAUACCGGCGUCAACACCGCCUCCCUCGCAGGCGUCCAGCCCUUUGUCUACAACGUCGCAGCCGAUAUACCCAGCGCAGCAGGCCAAAGCAUCUCCUGCAACCCCCUCGGGGAUCGAGUGAAAUGCUCCUGGGCAGGAAUCCCACCCCAGGUCACCACCGGAGAAGACACAGCCCUAUCAGACUGGGUGUCAUUCGAAAUUUCCAAAUCCACGGAUAAACCCCACGCCCAAUUCAAGGUCUCUGGCCAGAACACUCGCGCGUGCAAGCUCCUCUUCGACUCCCCGAUCACCAACUUCCACGUUGCUGACUCCGCCUACGACGAGCGCUUCCCACAUACCUCUUCUAAGGGAUUUAAGGAAAUCCGCCUCUGGAGCCGCUCAUGGGACAAUACAUGGACCGUGGAUGUUGAGUGGGAGGACGACAAAGGCCAGGACACCAGUUUAUCCGGCAGGGUAGUCUGUCUGUGGAGCGACAAUAACCAGCCCGGUGUCAUUCCGGCCCUUGAUGAAGUACGCCAGUACGCGCCGUCUUGGGUGGGGGUGAGUAAAUUAUCCGAUGGACUUGUGGAGGGUAGUAAGGCGUUUGAGAUCAAGAUUGAUCCUUGAUAGUUGUAUUCUUUGUUUUUCUCCUUUUUUACAUCUGUCUUUCUUGCCUGCCUGCCUGCCUGCUUAUCUACUUGAUUCAUUUCUCUGUUCAUUUCGGCGUAUGGGUAUGGGAUAUGAUCUGCUCGCUCCUAGUUCUGUACCGGGUU